AUGGCUUCCGUCCUCCACGCACAGCUUCCAGCUUUCGUCUUCUCCCUGUCCCUUCUUCUCUCCUCUGCACUUGGGGCGAGGGUGGUGUGCGAGCAGCUGACGGCGGAGCUGUGCGCGUUCGCCGUGUCGUCCACGUCGCGGCGGUGCGUGCUGGAGAACACGCACUGCGCGGGGCGGCCGACGGAGUACCAGUGCCGGACGUCGGAGGUGGUGGUCGAGGACGGCCGGCUGUCGGGGCUGAUGGAGACCGACGGCUGCGUGCGCGCGUGCGGCGUCGACCGCGCUACCGUCGGCAUCUCCUCGGAUUCCCUCCUCGACCCGCGCGUCGCCGGCGCGGUUUGCUCCCCGGCCUGCCUCCGGGGAUGCCCCAACAUCGUCGACCUCUACUCCAACCUCGCCGCCGGAGAGGGUAACCACACUCAAUCAUCGUCACAGCACAAAUCACUUAAUUUUGUUUCUUGUAUGUGUUUGCUUUUGGAUGAAACUUAUUAG